UGCGUCUGAUCCCAACCAGGACACUUCAUACUUAAAAAAAAAUAAAAAAAUACAUACAACAAAUGGAACUUCCAUCUUUUUUGUCAAAUUGAUACAUAUCUUUCCCGAGGAUUAUUGCUGGAUUUUUACACAUAUUGGUGUUUUUAUACUGAUUUAACGCAGAUAGUGACGUCACCAUGAAAUUGACGGGGAUAUUUUUGUUGCUGAUGCUUUGGAGCUGUGAGGGCGCCAUCAUCGCAGAGAGCGGGGAAGACAACAGCGUGUACGACCUGUUCGAGCUGAUACAAGUGGCCAAAAAGAACCACGGCGUGAACCAGGUGAAGGGAGACGACCCCUACAGCCCCGCCUACAAAAUCCUCAACCCGGACCUGAUCCCCCCGGUCCCCGAGAGCGCCCUGCGGGACCUGAUCGACUCCAUCCACGAAGAGCGCGGCUUCCUCCUCCUGCUCAACUUCAAGCAAGCCAAGCGCACCCGCGGCAGCCUGCUGACCGUGGAGAAGAAGGACGGGUCGGGCCCGGUGUUCGAGAUCGUCUCCAACGGGAAGGCGAACACUCUGGACCUGGUGUUCGCCACCGACGACAGGCAGCAUCUGGUCUCCAUCGAAGACGCGGACCUGGCCACCGGGCAGUGGAAGAACAUCACGCUCUUCGUGCAGGAGGACCGGGCGCAGCUGUACGCCGGGUGCGAGGAGGUCAACACGGCCGAGCUGGACGCGUCCAUCCAGAGCAUCCUCACGCCGGAGACGCCCGCCAACGCGCAGCUCCGGAUCGGGAAAGGGGCGGCGAAGGACCGGUUCAUGGGAGUCCUUCAAAACGUGCGCUUUGUUUUUGGAACAACCUUGGACGCAAUCCUUCGCAACAAGGGCUGCCAGAGCUCCACAGAUGCAGUCAUCAUGGAGAAUCUCAAUGGCUCCUCGGCCAUCAGGACGGAGUACACAGGACAUAAAACAAAAGAUCUCCAGAUGGUCUGUGGCUUCUCCUGCGAUGACCUGGUCAGCAUGUUCAAAGAGCUGAAAGGUCUCGGCGUGGUGGUGAAGGAGCUGUCCCUCGAGCUCCGCAAGUUGACGAACGAAAACAAACUGAUUAAGAACCGCAUCGGCAUCCACAGUGGCGUCUGUAUUCACAAUGGCAUCGUGCACAAGAACAGAGACGAGUGGACCGUGGACGACUGCACUGAGUGCACUUGUCAGAACUCCGCUACAGUUUGUCGAAAGAUCUCCUGCCCCCUGAUUCCUUGUGCUAACGCCACCGUACCUGACGGAGAGUGUUGUCCACGCUGCGGAACACCGAGCGACUAUGCAGAGGACGGCUGGUCGCCGUGGUCUGAAUGGACCCAUUGUUCCGUGUCAUGUGGGCGGGGCAUCCAGCAGCGUGGACGCUCUUGCGACCGUAUCAAUAACAACUGCGAGGGCACCUCUGUGCAGACCCGGGACUGCUACCUCCAGGAGUGCGACAAGCGCUUCAAGCAGGAUGGCAGCUGGAGCCACUGGUCGCCGUGGUCAUCAUGCUCCGUUACCUGCGGCGCUGGUGUCAUCACCCGCAUCCGUCUGUGCAACUCCCCAACCCCCCAACUCGGGGGCAAGGACUGUGCGGGACAGGGUCGGCAAACGGAAAAGUGUCAAAAGUCGCAAUGCCCCAUCAAUGGCAACUGGGGACCGUGGUCGCCAUGGGAUACAUGCACAGUCACAUGUGGAGGUGGCAUGCAGACUCGUAAACGAAUUUGCAACGACCCUGAACCCAAAUAUGGCGGUAAAGAGUGUGUCGGUGACAUCAAAGAAACACAGACGUGCAAUAAGAAAACCUGUCCUGUUGAUGGAUGCCUCUCAAACCCUUGCUUCGCUGGGGCCAAGUGCACUAGUUUCCCUGAUGGUUCCUGGAAGUGCGGAAAAUGCCCUCUGGGCUAUACGGGCAAUGGUAUCAAAUGUAAAGAUAUUGAUGAGUGCAAGGAAGUCCCAGAUGCUUGCUUUGAGUUUAAUGGCGUGCACCGCUGUGAGAACACAGAACCCGGCUACAACUGUCUUCCCUGCCCUCCCCGUUACUCAGGACCCCAACCGUUUGGCAAAGGUGUGGAACAGGCUGCGGCAAAAAAACAGGUGUGCUCACCCCGAAAUCCUUGCCUGGAUGGAAGCCAUAACUGCAAUAAACACGCCCGCUGUAACUACCUCGGACAUUUCUCUGAACCGAUGUUCCGAUGCGAGUGCAAACCUGGCUACGCUGGCAAUGGACAUAUCUGUGGAGAGGACACCGAUCUGGAUGGAUGGCCCAACGCUGACUUGGUUUGCGUAGAGAAUGCCACCUACCACUGCAAAAAGGACAACUGCCCCAACCUCCCCAACUCUGGGCAGGAAGAUUACGAUAAGGACGGCAUUGGAGAUGCUUGCGAUUUUGAUGACGACAACGAUGGCAUUCCUGAUGACAGGGACAAUUGCCCGUUUAUCUACAACCCCAGACAGUACGACUAUGACCGUGAUGACGUUGGCGAUCGCUGUGACAACUGCCCUUACAAUAGCAACCCUGACCAAACAGACACGGACAACAAUGGAGAGGGAGAUGCCUGUGCUGUGGACAUCGAUGGAGAUGGCAUACUUAACGAAAAGGACAACUGCCCCUAUGUGUACAAUGUCGACCAAAAAGACACAGACUUGGAUGGGGUGGGAGACAUGUGCGACAACUGCCCUCUGGAACAUAAUCCCGAUCAGGUGGAUUCAGACGAUGACCGAGUGGGAGACAAGUGUGACAGCAACCAGGAUAUCGAUGAGGACGGACACCAGAACAACCUGGACAAUUGCCCGUACAUCCCUAAUGCCAAUCAGGCUGAUCACGACAAGGACGGAAAGGGAGACGCCUGCGACCAUGACGACGACAAUGACGGCAUUCCAGACGACAAGGACAACUGCAGACUAGCCUUUAAUCCUGACCAGGUCGACUCUGAUGGCGAUGGCCGUGGAGAUGUCUGCAAAGACGACUUUGACCAGGACAACGUGCCAGACAUCUACGACGUGUGUCCGGAGAACUUCGACAUCAGCGAGACAGACUUCCGCAAGUUCCAGAUGGUUCCUCUGGAUCCUAAAGGCACUUCCCAGAUCGAUCCUAACUGGGUGGUACGUCACCAGGGGAAAGAACUUGUUCAGACCGUCAACUGUGACCCUGGCAUUGCUGUCGGAUACCACGAGUUCAAUUCGGUGGACUUCAGUGGGACUUUCUUUAUCAACACCGAGAGGGACGACGACUAUGCUGGCUUUGUGUUUGGAUACCAGUCCAGCUCCAGGUUUUAUGUGGUGAUGUGGAAACAGAUUACUCAGACCUACUGGUCCAACAAACCCACCAAGGCCCAGGGCUACUCUGGCCUGUCCAUCAAAGUGGUCAAUUCCACCACUGGCCCAGGAGAACACCUCAGGAAUGCUCUCUGGCAUACCGGGAAUACUCCGGGACAGGUCCGUACUCUCUGGCACGACCCUAAGAAUGUUGGAUGGAAAGAUUUCACUGCCUACAGAUGGCAUCUGAUCCACAGACCAAGAACAGGACUUAUCAGAGUUGUGAUGUACGAAGGAAAGAAGAUUAUGGCAGAUACUGGUAGCAUCUACGACAAGACCUAUGCUGGAGGCAGGCUAGGUCUUUUUGUCUUUUCACAGGAAAUGGUUUACUUCUCAGACCUCAAGUAUGAGUGCAGAGAUGCAUAAAUGCACAGCGCUGGAUGCUCCGAGGAAUGCACUUUUUAGUAGUAUGACUUUUUUUUUUUUUUUUUUAAUUCUCUUUUAAAAGUCCAGGGACCGAUUUUUAUCCCCGCAACGCUUUUUUGUGCACCCGUAAAGGGUGAAAGGGCAUUUGGGCGGCCUCAGAGUAACGGCCGAGCACCGAAUAGCUGAAUGCCGUUUGAGGAUCAGAGAGUCCCUUCUCCUCCAGCCUUCUGCAAGAGCAGGGAGAAAAAGGAAAAUAUUCCCUCCCGCCCUGCCUUUGCCAGUAGGACACCAGCACCUCUCUGUCCCAGCUCUCCUUGCUUUCUUACUCUCUGAAAGAACUCAUUCAUCUCUGUGCGGGACGGACUCCCCGAAGACAACUAUGCACUUCCAAACUAUUACAUCCACAGCUUUUUUCGCGCACCUUUCCUACCUUAGCCCUCUCUGGACGGACAUCCCAAAGAAAAGACUGAGUAAAUAUUCCGUUUCCUUUACGUUCGGAACAAUGGACUCGAAGAAUGACGGCGGCAAUAACGUUUUUAGGAAUACUUGGAGAAAGGUGGGGUGUUAGAAGCCAGCGGAACUCAUGGAUGUUCAUGCUUGUGUGUGCAAGACUGGCCAUGGAAGGAAAACGAAAGUACUUCAUUCUUCUAUGAAAGUCCUAGAAAAGAAGACAUGUAGUGUAGUCUUGUGUGCGUCCUGAAUUGCUAAACAUCUCUCAGGAAACAUCAAGAGCCACCGAUCUGCAGUCCCUCCAUGUCACACCCAAACUUGCUCAACGACUUAUUACACCCUCGUCUUUUGAGGUCCUGAUUAGGUAUUAUGUAAAUACAUAUAAUUUAUUGACUCAUGCCUACAAUGUAGGCAGCAAAAUACACGUUUGCAUACUUUGAAAAAGUAAAAAAUCAAUUUGAUGAAACAGUGAUAAAUGAACAAAAUCGGAAGUAAUCAGGUUUCGGAAACUGGAUCCCAGCAGGCACAAGACAUUGAAACAACGUUGAGAACUUGUUGAAUUAGGUCCUGACGUUGAUCAUCUCAAACUUAACGUUGAAACCACAUGUUUUUUGAUGACGUUUAAUCAAUGUUGAGUUCUGAUGUUGAUUUGACCAUUGAAUUUUGGUCAUUUCCCAACCAAUAUUCCACAACACAAAUACAGCAUUGAAACAACAUGCUUUUUGACAGCGUUUAUUCAAUGUCAAGUUGUGACGUUGAUUUGACCAUUAACUUUUGGUCAUUUCCCAACCAAUAUCCUACAACACAAACACAAUAUUGGAACAACAUGCUUUUUGACAACGUUUAUUCAAUGUCAGGUUGUGACGUUGAUUUGACCAUUGAAAUGUGGUCAUUUCCCAACCCACAACGUGGAUUUUGCAACGUUGUCUCAAAGUCAGUUUUAAAGGACAUGUAUGUAUAAUCAACGUUGUAUCAAUGUCUUGUGCCUGCUGGGAUGUGUUGCUCUUGCAAGAUCCCUCCUUCCAACUGUACUUAAGCAUGGAUUUGACUUGUGUGUCCUUUUUGGAAAGAAAUGCACAACAAAUGAAAUGAUGUACAAAUAUUACCUCAUUGCUGUUGAUCAACACAAACACAUGCAUUUAAUUCUCUUACAGUAGUAUUUGUGUAGCAUGGGUUGUAAAUAAAAUGACAUUAAAAUGCAACCUACCCCAGUGAGAGUAAUAUGGGAGAUUUGCUUUUUUUUACUGGAUAACUUUGCUUUAAAGUAUAUAUGUCCAAUGCUGUUUUUAGCAGAUAAAUUAUUUUUCUGUUAUGUCUUAGCCUUUUUUGAGAACUCGAUUUGAGUGUAUGUGCGUGUGUGUGUGUAGUCAAAUGCUAUUUAAAUAAUUUAUCGGGAUUUGUUGCCGUACAGAAGGCCACGUAUCCGUCUGUAUGAACGGUUUGCACAUUGAUGUGAGGAUGUUGUAUUCUUAUCAUUUUUACUUUUUUGUAUCAAUAUUAUCGUUAUUUUUGUACAAUUAGUUUUGCUUGUAUGUAAACAUGUUCUUAGUUGUACAAAGCUAAAAUGCUGUUUUAGUCAUAGUGAUCAUUUUGUUACACAUUUCAAGAUAAUAAAUAGUUAAAAGGUCCAUUACUGUGCGUGAGUGUUUCAAAUUUAGAAAUACAAAAUAUAUCUCCACAAGAUUAUCCAUCAUCUUAGGGAGUGCAUACAUACUCCUGGAGGCCAUACACACCUUUUGAAUAGAGAAAAAUAAAAUGAAAUCAAAAUGCAACAUUUUCUAAAAGAGCAAUAUUGAGACUUAAUGCCCUACACGCGACCAAACCCCAUUAUAACUAGAGUCAAAGUCAAAAAUACAAUCAAAAUGCAACAUUCUCUUUUAAAGACCAACAUUGUAGGGAGUGCAUACAGACAUGGAGAUCAUACAUAGAACUAAUCCACAUUCUAAGUAGAAUCAAAUUUUAAAAAAUACAAUCAAAAUACAAAAUGUUCUACAAGACCAACAUUGUAGGGAGUGCAUAUAGACAUAUGAAGGCCAUACACACAACUGAGCCCCAUUAUAACUUGAGUCAAAGUCAAAAAUACAAUCAAAAUGCAACAUACUCUUAAAGACCAACAUUGUAGGGAGUGCAUACAGACACAUGGAGAUCAUACAUAGUACUAAACCACAUUUUAAGUAGAGUCAAAUUUUUAAAAAAUACAAUCAAAAUACAACAUUUUCUACAAGACCAACAUUGUAGGGAGUGCAUACAGACAUAUGAAGGCCAUACACACAACUGAGCCCCAUUAUAAGUAUAGUCAAAUUCAAAAAUACAAUCAAAAUGCAACAUUCUCUAAAAGACAAACAUUGUAGGGAGUGCAUACAGACACAUGGAGCUCAUACAUAAUACUGAGCCACAUUUUAAUUAGAGUCAAAUUUUAAAACAUACAAUCAAAAUACAUUUUCUACAAAACCAACAUUGUAGGGAGUGCAUAGACAUAUGGAGGCCAUUCACGACUGCGCCCCAUUAUAAGUAUAGUCAAAGUCAAAAAUAUAAUCAAAAUGCAACAUUUUCUAUUAAAAAUAAAACAACAUUGUAGGGAGUGCAUACAGACCAAACAUACAACUGAGCAUCAUUAUGAGUCCAGUCAAAUUAAAAGAAUUUCAAACAAAAUGCAACAUUUUCUAAAAGACCAACAGUGCAUACACACACAAAUGCCAUGCACAUAACUAAGCAACAACAUGAGUGGGGUCAAAUAAAAAUAAAAAAUACAAUCAAAAGACAACCUUCCCUGAAAUAUAAAAAUUGUAGGGAGUGCAUACAGACACAUGGAGGCCAUACACACGACUGAGCCCCAUUAUAAGUAUAGUCAAAGUAAAAAAUCAAUCAAAAUGCAACAUUUUCUAAAAAAAAAUACAAAAAUAAUAAUACAUUGUAGGGAGUGCAUACAGACAUAUGGAGGCCAUACAUACAACUGAGCAUCAUUAUGAGUCCAGUGAAAUUAAAAGAAUAUCAAACAAAAUACAUCAUUUUCUAAAAGAUCAACAGUGUAGGGAGUUCAUACACUAAGCAACAACAUGAGUAGGGUAAAAAAUAAAUAAAAAAUACAAUCGAAAGACAACCUUCCCUGAAUAAUCAAAAUUGUCAGGAGUGCAUACACACACAAAGGCCACACGCAUAACUAAGCCACAAUAUGAUUAGGGUCAAAUAAUAAUAAUAAUAAUAAAUACAAUCAAAAUGCAACAUUCCCUGAAAGACCAGAAAUGUAAGGAGUGCAUACAGACACAUGAAGGCCAUACACACGACUGAGCCCCAUUAUAAGUAUAGUCAAAGUCAAAAAUACAACCAAAAUGCAACAUUGUCUAAAAAAAAAGAAAAAAAAACACUGUAGGGAGUGCAUACACACAUAUGGAGGCCAUACAUAAAACUGAGCUUCAUUAUGACUCCAGUCAAAUUAAAAGAAAUUCAAACAAAAUACAACAUUUUCUAAAAGACCAACAGUGCAGGGAGUGCAUACACACACAAAGGCCAUGCGCAUAACUAAGCAAUAACAUAUAGGAUAAAUUAAAAUCAAAAGACAACCUUUCCUGAAAUAUCAAAAUUGUAGGGAGUGCAUACACACACGAAGGCCACACGCACAACUAAGCCACAAUAUGAGUAGGGUCAAAUAAUAAUAAUAAUAAAUACAAUCAAAAUGCAACAUUCCCUGAAAGACCAAAGUUGUAAGGAGUGCAUACAGACACAUG